AUGUAUCUAAGGUCAAAUAGAGAAGAGGGCCCGGGAGAAGAAGAGAAGAGAGGAAAGGCCUGCCCAGCCGUCACCACCGCAGCGCCGCUGCAGCUAUUGCCACCUUCAGAGCUGCGGAAAGUCGUCCUCCCUGCCGUCGAAUGCCGCCGUCGUGUCGCACGAGAGAGAGAGAGAGAGACAGAUUCGAGAGGAGCUACCCACGAUCGCUGCCGUCGAAGCCAGGCUCGUCGCCAUCACCACCCACGAAGCUGCGAGGAGCCGCUGUCGUGCUCGUGUCGCUGUGCGCCGUCGAGCUUCCCUCACCCUGAGCCGUCGAUCUGUCGCCACCGCUACAAGGGCUUGUCGCUGGAGCCACGACUGUCACUGAGCUUCCGUCGCCGCUGCCGUUCAAGCAGCUGCUGCCGUCGAUUUGGAGUUGCUGCGAUUGGAGCCACUAGUGGGGGUUCGUUGAGUUCUGAUUCCUUGUGCUACUGUAACUGUCAUUACUGCUGUGGGAACCAACGUUUCUGUUUGGCUGCUGCUGAAGGUCUUCCACCAUCACUGGAGCUGCCCAGAAUCAUCGUGGAAGCUGCCAAGAUAUAUGGAUGCUGGUUUCAAUCGUGUAAUCAUUCCAGUGAAGUUUCUUCUCCAGUUGCUGGGCACUUUCCAGGUUAUAUGGACUAUCAAGUAGGAAUGAGACCACAGAUCCCUGUCGAGAGAAAAUGGGCCCUCGGGAUUCAGACUCAGUUUAUGCUUGACCAACUUGCUGAUCUUCAGAACCGGGUAGAGGAGCGUGGUGUUCCAGUGGAAGAAUUGUUAGAAGCUAAUGAAGUUUUCUGCACCGGAACUGCUGUGGUUAUCAACCCUGUUUUCUCUGUAACCUAUUGGGAUUGUGAUACUGAUUUCUGGUGGCAUCUGGAGCAGAGGUGCAAGCAUUGGGUGUCAUAGUGAUGAUAACAGACCCUACCUCAAACAGCGGCACUUUGCAGUCAGGAUUCCACUUUCCAUUACUCCUCUCUUUUAUUGAAUUUUAUUUAAUACUGUUGUUGACAAUUUUGGUUCAUCAAAGGUGGUGUGCUAUUUAAAUAAUUAUGGCAAGGAUUUCGAUGGUGGACUCUUUCGUUUCCAGGAUGGCCAGCCAAUGUCAAUUAUGCCAAUGGCUGGAGAUGUUCUGAUGUAUACUGCUGACCAGCGAAACAUUCAUUCUGUUGAUGAGGUCUAGCUAAAGGUGUUGCUGUUGGAAUAUCUAUAGCUGGAACAAGUGGGGUUCUGCCAUUAUUAAUUUGUGCUUGUGUUAAUAUUUCCAGAAGAAGGAAAAAGAAAAAAUUAAAUUGCCAACAGAAGAUUUUAUAUCAAGUUCAACCCAAGAUGCAUCUAGCAGUGGUGAAUAUGAAACUUUAGGAUCCACAGCUGCUAGUGCUUCUGGCCUUCCAGCAAUUAUGGCGGCAAAAUCGAUGGAAUUCUCUUAUCAAGAACUAGCCGAGGC